GCAGCCGCUGUGGAAGGUCAAGGGGCUUUUUUUUUACCCUCAUUGAGCGCACACGGUGAUUUGUUUCCAGCGUGGAGACGUCGUCCCAGGAGGAGGAGGAGGAAUAACAGCACCUUUGGGUGGAAAACUGGAAUGUGCCAUGUGCUGUUGAUCUCCAGGGAGUGAGAGCAGCGGUGGUUCGUCAUGGCUCCGGAGAGCGCGGCGCUCCUCAAGGCUGGGCUUGUGUUGUUGGUGGCAGCUCAAGCCCUUCCGUUGGCGUCUGGCUGCAACCGAGGUUUCUACGAGAGGAUGAUCGGCGAUCUGUGCCUGGCUAAGUUCAAACUGGACAUGGGAGGACUGGAGCGGGGCUUGUGGUGCAGCUGGCCGGACACGACGGAGAUCUACGAGGGUCUAACAAACUGCACCUACCAGGUGGCCUUGAGGAUGGACUGCUUCUGGCCCAACCAAAUAGUCGACCACUUCUUCAUGCAGAUUCACCGGACCUACUUCCACGACUGCGCCCUGACGGGCCGGCUCCUCCACGACCCGCCCAUCGGCGUCCUCGCCCCGUUCAUCGCGGUGCCGGUCCUGGUCACCCUGCUCAUGACUGCCCUGGUGGUGUGGAGGAGUAAACGCACCGAGGGACUGCUAUAGGGGCAGCUCCGGUGAUGGAGUCGCCCCUCAAACCUUGGAGAUAUAUAUGGACUCAUUUGUGUUGAAAUCAUAUUAGUCACAUUUUAAUAGGUGAAAAAAAAAAAGCAUGUCGUGAAGUAUGUUUGACUGCAGGAGACAGGAUUGUGAAAUAAAUGUUCUGUUUGGUAUAAAAAUA